GUUGAAAUACAAGAAGUAGUGCCGGUGUUCGACACGCGUGCGUUAUUCUUUCGAGGAGUUACUCGUGUUCUCAAACCUCCUCGAAGAAGCAAGCAGAAGCUUUGAACCUGGACAGUUUUCACUCAUAGGUGUAGGUUUUCAUCUCAGCUGCCUACCGACGUUUUAGAUUUGUCACGAAUUUGGAGUCGCUAUGCCUGCAAAAAAAGCUGUGAAGAGACAUACAAUUGCAGCACCUGAGGACUCAACGGUAGUGAAAAAACUAAAAGCCUCGCACAGUAGUCAUGGGCAGGAGAAGGGCCUAGUGCUUGUUCUGGGGCAGGGAGAUGUUGGGCAGCUUGGCCUGGGAGAGGAUGUGCUGGAGAGGAAGAAACCAGCUCUGGUGACACUUCCUGAGGGGAUUGUGCAGGCCGUGGCUGGAGGCAUGCACACAGUCUGCCUCAGCGACACUGGAAACAUUUAUACAUUUGGCUGUAAUGAUGAGGGCGCGCUGGGCCGUGACGCAUCAGAGGAGGGCUCCGAGAUGGUGCCAGCUAAGGUGGACCUUGGUGAAAAAGUGGUGCAGGUUUCUGCUGGGGACAGUCACACAGCUGCCCUCACAGAGGAGGGGGUCGUCUAUGUCUGGGGCUCUUUUAGAGACAAUAACGGUGUCAUUGGACUCCUGGAGCCCAUGAAAAAAUGCACAUUUCCCGUCAAAUUUCCUUUAGAUAAGCCUGUGGUUAAAAUAGUCUCAGGUAACGACCACUUGGUGAUGCUGACUGUGAAUGGUGAGCUGUACACCUCAGGAUGUGGAGAACAAGGACAGCUGGGCCGUGUGGCUGAGCACUUUGCAAACCGCGGAGGCAGAAAGGGAUUGAUGAGGCUGCUGGAGCCGCAGAUGGUUAUCAUUAAGCCACGGGGUAAGGUCGUUUUCACCGAUGUCUUCUGUGGCGCGUACUUCACCUUUGCUGUGUCUAAAGAGGGGCACGUCUAUGGAUUUGGCCUUUCCAAUUACCACCAGCUUGGUACCCAAAGCACAAAUACCUGCUUUGCUCCUGUGAAACUCAGUUCUUUCAAGAACUCCACCACAUCCUGGGUGGGUUUCUCUGGGGGGCAGCAUCACACACUGUGCCUGAAUUCAGAAGGACAAGUAUGCAGUCUUGGUCGGGCAGAGUAUGGUCGUCUGGGCCUGGGGAAGGAUCCAGGGGAGAAGAGUGAGCCCACACUUGUUUCUGGGAUCAGUGACGUUCAGAUGGUUGCCUGUGGUGCCUCUGUGAGCUACGCUGUCACCAAACAAGGCUCGGUGUUUUCCUGGGGCAUGGGCACAAACCUGCAGCUGGGUACAGGAGAGGAGGAGGAUGAAUGGAGCCCAGUGGAGAUGGCAGGCAAGCAGCUGGAGAACCGUGUAGUGCUAUCGGUGUCCAGUGGAGGGCAGCACACUGUCCUGCUGGUCAAAGAAAAGCAGGAGAGCUGAUCUUUAACUCCUUGACUAAAGACAGCUGAGCCAAACUACUGUAUCAGUGGUAUCUGUAACCCAUAGCUUGAUCAUGAUCGGGAGAGUCUGGGGGUUGGGAAUGCUUCCUGUGCUGAGAAAUCAGCAUAGGAUGAGAACCAUCUAAUUAAACCUUUUAUCCUGCUUUAUGGGGAGCCCAAACAUUCACUGGAUAUGGUCCGGAAGAUGAUCAAAGAUAACUUUUUUUCUUUUUCUUUUUUUUCUUUUUUUAAUUGACUUUUUUUCCUUUGCUUUAAACUCUUAAUUCUUUUUAACAGAUAUCUUUAGUAUGCUUCCUGGAGACCACUUGUCAUGAGUGAUUGUAUGCAUGUAUGAGCCGAAAAGUGAUUUAAUGUCUUUUAAAGUCCCAGAAAGCAUUUUUUAUAUUCCACAUUUUGGUCUGAGCAAUAAAAGGUUACCAUAGCAGGUCUAUAUUACUCUCAAAAGACAGAUUUGGUAUUGCUGUACGUUGCAGUGUUAAACUGUUUUCCUAAUUUCGUAAUUUAAACCUGUAUCCAUGCAUUGCUGGUCUUGUGGACAAUUAAUAAAAGUGAGUCUUUACAGAAA